ACUAUUACCUCAUCCAUGCACCCUGACCACAAGGUGCGCAUCAAGAGCACCGAGGGCUGGUGCGACCCCGAUGUCAAGUCAUUCACUGGGUGGGUCGUCUUAGCGAGUUUGUUGCAGCCUGGUUAUAAUCUCUCCGGCUCCUCCGCUCCGUCGCUCACACCAGGUACUUCGACGUUGGCGGUGGCAAGGAUCUCUUCUUCUACUUCUUCGAGUCGCGCGGAAACCCCAAGGAAGACCCCGUGAUUAUGUGGAUCAACGGUGGACCCGGUUGCUCGUCUUCGAUCGGCCUCUUCAUGGAGCUCGGCCCCUGUACGGUCGCCGACAACCCGAAGGGCGUCAACGACACCAAGCGUAACCCUUACUCGUGGAACGAGCGUGCCAACAUCUUCUUUGUUGAUGAACCCGUCAACGUCGGCUUUUCGCAGGCGCGUCACGGCCAGGUCGUUGGCACUGCCGAGGAGGCUGGCAGAGACAUUGCUGCGUUCAUCAGCAUCUGGUUCGACACGUUCUCCGAGUUCCGCGGGCGUGAGUUCCACAUGGCUGGCGAGUCGUACGGCGGCCGCUACCUUCCUGUGUUUGCGUCAGCUGUGCACGACCAGAACAAGUGGCUGGAGGCACAGGGUAAGGACCCCAUCAAUCUCAAGAGCGUUAUGAUCGGUAACGGCAUUACCAGCUCGUACACAACCACCGAGUCGUACUUCCCUUACCAGUGCACGGUGCACGCCGACCUGAACCAGACAGUCCAGAGCAUUGGCAAGUGUAUCGAGAUGGCCGAGAGUGUGCCACGCUGCAAGAGGAUGCUCGAGAAGGACUGCAUCAACUCGCACGACGCCACUGCUUGCUCCAUUGCGGCCGGCUACUGCACUGACACGAUCGGCUCAUCAUUCAUAUAUGCGGGUGUCAACCCGUACGACGUCUCCAAGCCGUGCACGCUCGAGGAGCUCUCUGACUCCCUUUGCUACCCGGAAAUCAAGAAGAUCGGAACGUACCUCAACCUGCCGGAAGUUCGCAAGUAUCUCGGAGUCGAGAAGGAGGGCAAGUGGGACUCGUGUGACAACGGCGUUGGGAGUGCGUUUGCUGCCUCGCUCGACGCCUCCGGCCAGACGUGGCUGUAUGUCUCGCAGCUCCUUGAGCGCGGCAUUUCCGUCCUCAACUACGUCGGCACCCUCGAUUUCAUUUGCAACUACAUUGGCAACGAGAUGUGGAUGGAGGCGCUCGAGUGGACUGGAAAGGACAAGUACAACGCCGCCGAGUACAAGGAGUGGGAAAUCGACGGAAAGAAGGCGGGCGAGUACAAGUCACACAACAAGCUUACUUUCCUCAAGAUUUGGGGCGCAGGACACAUGGUCCCCAUGGACCAGCCGAAGCGUGCCCUGUCUUUCCUCAACCACUGGCUCAAGAACGGAAAGAUCGAGUAGACAGUGAACGUAGGAGUAAUGGGCCGUUUCUGGCGCCCUUGAUGGUCGCUGCUACGCUGUCUACUGUCGAAAAGGCCCCGCGCGGAACUGCCCACAAUCAAUGAAAUAUGUGAAGCACAUAGGCGGAGCACAAUGGCUCGCCACGCCGG